UUUAUUUUGAUGUUACCAGGAGAAUGCGAUGCAUUAUCAACAGGCUAAAUUUCCUCAUUAAUUUUAAACCAAACCUUGUAUGUUUAAAAUUCACAUCCAAACGCUUGAAUCCAUAUCUAGUGUUCUGAUUGGAACGUUAGCCCUUUUCUAAAACAAAACUAAACUUAUGAACACGUUAUAUUUCAUUAACUUACAGCUCGUAAGUCGUUCGAGGCUGUUUGCUUGCUAAGGUUACAUAACACCAGAGACAGACUUUCUUAAACGAUGCUCUUAAAGUUUUCUCGACCAUCAUUACUUAUUAAUUUUUUUCAGAACGGAAAUAGAAUCAAGAAAACAACUGGGCGACAUGAGCGGUGUUUUCUUGGCGCAAGACAGCGGUUCUGGAGCUCUGGGUACACUUCUGAAGAACACCCUACAGGUCAAACAGUGGUUAUUGAAAAGCAAGGUCCAGUGCUUACUGUGGGUAUUAACAGGCCAGAGGUGCGUAAUGCAGUGAACCAGGAGACAUCCCAGCGGUUAUUUGAAGAGUUUUCAGCUUUCAAUCAGGAUGAUACCUUGAAUGUAGCUGUGCUACAUGGAAUAGGGGGGAAUUUUUGUGCUGGUUAUGAUCUUAAAGAACUUUCCCAGGAUUCGGUUUCCCUCACACUGGAGCAAAAUGUUUCCCGAGGUCCUGCUCCAAUGGGUCCCUCUCGUCUGAGGCUAUCAAAGCCACUGAUUGCAGCAGUGAGUGGUUAUGCUGUGGCAGGGGGGUUGGAAUUGUCCCUACUGGCUGACCUCAGGGUUGUGGAAGCCAGCACCAUUAUGGGGGUUUUCUGCCGCAGAUUUGGCGUGCCACUUAUUGAUGGUGGGACGGUGCGGCUCCCACAGCUAAUUGGUUUGUCUCGAGCUCUAGACCUCAUUUUGACUGGAAGACCUGUAGGCGCUCAGGAGGCACUGGCAUUUGGACUAGCAAACAGAGUGGUACCAGAUGGAAAAGCAUCUUCUGCAUAUUUGAUCCAUUUCCAACAGUGGCUGUAUGAUGUUGAGAUCCAUCUUUUCACAUUCAGGACAACUGAGGGACUCAUACACAAUAUUAAGGUUGUGCAAACUAAAAAGCCUUACAGGUUGCUGUUGAGCUUGCAGGGCAGAUAAGUUCCUUUCCUCAGCUCUGUCUCCGUGCUGACCGUAACUCUGCAUAUCAUGCAACUUUUGAUGCCACCUCAUUCACCCAGGCCAUGCAGUAUGAGACCAACUAUGGCCUGCCAAUAAUCACAGCUGAAGCUGUCCCCGGGGCAACCAGGUUCAGCUCUGGCAUUGGAAGAUCUGGAAAGUUCUCUUGAAAGACAUGAUAAAUGUGUUUUUACCCUCCAAUAAAAAUGUACUAUAAUUA